GAGGUUUGAAGCCCGAGAAGUGUCUAAAAGCAGUGAGUUAAAAGAGUUUUGCUAUAGUCACCUGAACAGCUGGAAGCAGUGACAAAAUAUACAAAAUAAACUUCGUGAUUCCCAAGACUUGUGUCUCGGAGCAGCUUUGAAAAAUUCUGUUAUCUUUCUCUGAGUUAUUUUGUAUAGAUCCGAAAUAUUCAGUCCCAAGACACAAAAGAAAAGAGAGUGUUGUAUUUUAAUAGGCCACUCCAUGUUAGAGCUUGGUGAGUGGUGAGUGGUGAUGGCCACAGUAGAAAUGAUCAUUGCAUUCCACAUGAAGGCUUUGGUCUUUUUCCUUUGCCUCUUUCUCCCCUCAUUGCCCAAACACUUGCUAAGCUUUGAGACACCUUCACCUGAUCUCUCUGCCUACCAUUGCAUCGAAAAUGUCUCACACAACCAAUGUGCAACAUUUGCACUCUUUCUCACAAACUCCUACUACUCCUCUCUCUCCAACCUCACCACUUACUUGGGACUCAAUAAGUUUGUGGUAGCACAAGCAAAUGGAUUCUCUCCACACACUGAGUUCCUCUCCCUCGAUCAACCCCUUCUCAUUCCAAUUCAUUGCACAUGCAAAGGCCGCUUCUUUCAUGCUCAGCUAACUAAAAUUGCUAUCAAAGGAGAGAACUUCUAUGACAUUGCUGCUUCACUUGAGGGCUUGACAACCUUCAAGGCUAUUACUGACAACAACCCUGGUGUGUCACCUUGGAAUCUUCAUGACAAAGUCAGAUUGAUUAUCCCAUUGACCUGUUCUUGCCCCUUUUCAUCACUAGUUAGACCUCAACCAAAGCUUCUGCUUUCUUAUCCUGUAAGACAAGGUGAUACACUUUCCACUUUGGCCUCCAAGUUUAAUAUUACUCAAGAAGCUAUUGUCUCUGCCAAUAACAUAUCAUCAUCACAAGGUCUCAGCACUAGAAGUUCUCUUCCACCCUUUACCUCUAUUCUCAUUCCUCUCAAUGGUAAGCCUGUCAUUGCUUCUUUUGUUAAACCCAAGGAACCCAAUUCUGGUUUUCAAGCAACCAGCAUCCCUGUAACCAGUCCACACAAGAAGUCAUCAAUGUGGAAGACUGAAUUGUUCAUUGGCCUUGCUGGGGUUGCUCUUGGAGUCUGCAUUGCUCUUGCUGCAGCCUUUUUCUUCAUCAGAUUGAAGCACAAGAAGGGGGAAGAGAGUUCAUGCAAAAACGGAGAUAUGGAGCUUCAACAUCUCAAUCAAAGUGUGAGAACCAACUCCACCGGUGACAAGAAAGUUUCAUUUGAAGGGUCUCAGGAUACCCUUGAUGAGAAAAUUGUUGAUGCCACUUCGCGCAAGAUGUUGCUGGAGACAUACACCAUCGAGAACAUCAGAAAAGCAACUGAAGAUUUCAGCUCAAGCAAUCACAUUGAAGGAUCGGUAUAUCACGGUCGUCUGAAUGGGAAGAACAUGGCAAUCAGGAGAACAAAGGCAGAAACAGUGUCAAAGAUAGAUCUUGGCCUUUUCCAUGAUGCACUUCACCACCACCCCAACAUACUCAGGCUUCUUGGAACAAGCAUGUCAGAGGGGAAGGAGCAAGAAGAGUCAUUUUUAGUUUUUGAGUAUGCCAAAAAUGGUUCAUUGAAAGAUUGGCUCCAUGGUGGAUUAGCCAUCAAGAACCAAUUCAUUGCUUCCUGCUACUGUUUCCUGACAUGGAGGCAAAGGCUGAGGAUCUGCCUUGAUGUGGCCAGUGCCUUGCAGUAUAUGCACCAUGUUAUGAAUCCCUGCUAUGUGCAUAGGAAUGUAAAGAGCAGGAACAUCUUUCUGGACGAAGAAUUUGGUGCCAAGUUAGGGAAUUUUGGUAUGGCAGGUUGUGUUGAGAAUGACACUGCGGAUCCAAACUUCUAUUCCACCAACCCCGCCUCCUGGAGCCUUGGUUAUUUGGCACCUGAAUACGUUCACCAAGGUAUAAUUGCCCCAAGCAUUGAUAUCUUUGCCUAUGGGGUGGUUUUGUUAGAGGUUUUAUCUGGUCAAACUCCUAUAAGCAGGCCCAAUGAGAAGGGAGAAGGAAGCAUUUGGCUCACAGAUAAAAUCAAGUCCAUCUUGGUGUCUGAAAAUGUGAAUGAACUAAGGGGCUGGAUUGACAGUGCAUUAGGGGAGAACUAUUCAUUCGAUGCAGCUGUGACCAUUGUCAACAUUGCCAGAGCUUGUGUGGAGGAAGAUUCUUCAUUGAGACCAAGUGCAAGGGAAAUUGUUGAGAAGCUAUCGAGAUUGGUGGAGGAAUUACCAGAAGGAGAACAACACAUGUUAAUGAGUGAAAGCUCUAGCAAACCUCUGGUGAAGGCAGUGGAAAACAGUCUUGAGUAAUCGAAGUAGUUCUAGUGAUCCUAGUUUUUGGACAUCAUAUAAAAUCUUGUUGAUUUUACUUCCUACAGGCAAUGCCUACCUGAAAUUUCUAUAGCUCUUGGAUCUUCCCAUGUACCUGGUCCUUUUUUAUGUAUGUAAUUACUGUAACAAAUCAGAAUAAGAUACAGUGUCCUUUUUCUAGUCCAGGAGAUAAAUGGAGACACUGUAACAAAAUAACUUAUCACCUACUAGCUACAGAAAC